AUGAAAGGUUAUAAUAGUCUUAUUCCAUCCUUACAUACUUUCUUUAAAGAUUUUAAGUACUUAGAGAGUUGCGUUCACUAUCUUAGACAACUUUGGAGUUUGUUAUACCUGUUAGUCAAGGAAUCUAUAAGCACAAUAUUUGAUCUAGAUAUUGUAUCUGGUGAAAAUCGUCUAGAGGCCAGGAUGUGUCUCUAUACUAUACAAUAUUAUCCUCUGAUACCCCCCAACCCUAAGAACACUGAUGAUUUGAUAGCUAAGCUAACUUAUACUAAUCCGGAUCCGUGUAUAAUCUAUAAGAUAACCUAUCUUGCUUACCGGCUUAGCUUUAGGUCUCCGGAGAUUAAUAGACUACUAACUAGUUCUCCGGAUUACUAA